AUGGUGGAUGUGGCCGUUUCCUAUACAGUUCUGUCCAUCCAGGCCAUUUCCAUCCAGUUCACCAAGGAGCCCAAGUCCCAGGACGCCUUGCACGGCCGCAGCGCAAUGAUGCGUUGCGAGGUCAGCAACCCAGCCAACAUCACGUACAAAUGGUACGACGACGACAAACCCCUGAAAGACGACGAGAGGCGCUUCCAGGAGGGAAGCAACCUGAAGUUCACCUCUGUGGACCGGCGGCUGGACGCAGGGAGCUUCGAGUGCGUCGUACAAAACGGUUACACAGGAGAGAUGCUCCGUUCCACCAAGGCCUCCUUUAAUAUUAAAUGGUUAGAAAGUGGUGGAGUGACUUUGAAGGAGCCCGCUUCUGAAGAAGACAUCGAGAGUUCUUCUCCGGUCACGUUGCGCUGUCACAUCGAUGGACAUCCUCGACCAACGUGCCAGUGGUUCAAAGAUGGAGUGAAGCUGACAGAACUUAGCCAUCAGAUCAACAACAAGGAGCGGACCCUCACAAUGACGAGCUCCAGUCCGGAUGACAACGGUCUUUACUACUGCUGCGCCAAGAACGCAGUUGGACACGUGUGCAGCAGCAGCAACUUUACUCUCAACAUCAUAGAUAAGAGCGUCCCGCGGCCGGUGGUCGCUCCUGAAGACCAGGUGGUGUUGAGGAACGAAGAGGCCAUGUUCCACUGCCAGUUCACCGCUGAUCCCGACCCAACGGUGGAGUGGUACCACGAGAACGAACUGCUGGUUAACAAGUCUCGAGUGUUCCUGCUGUCCAACGGGACUCUGAUGAUCACACAAGUCAAGCCCAGGAACACCGGAAACUACAAGUGUGUCGGCCGCGGCCUCAGAGGAUCCCAGGUCACGCUGAAGGCUUCCCUCCUCAUAGCCGAAAUAGGCGACAUGGUGCCCGACACGUCCAAGGUGUUCACAGCUUCCAACACCCUGCAGCGGGUGACCUGCCGACGCCCUCGUGGGAGGCCCGAGCCCGAGGUGUGGUGGAUGAGAGAUGGCCGGCGGCUGCCCACGGAGGGCAGGGUGCACCAAGACGGCCUGGACCUGGUCUUCAGUCCAACGGAGGAGGGGGAUUCAGGGGCUUACACGUGCCUGGCCCAAAACAAGGCCGGGCGCAGGGUGCAGCAGCUCACAUUCAUAGUUGCCACUGCCCCGGUGUGGGUGACCAAACCUCAGGACAGCAACCUAGAAGAAGGCAGACCUGGUUACCUUCACUGUAACGCUCAGGCCACCCCUCAGCCCGAGGUCGUCUGGUACCGCAACAACAUGAUGAUCACACUCGAGGACUCUCGCUUCAAGACGUUCUCUAACGGCACCCUGAGGAUCAACAACGUGGAGGUGUACGACGCUCACAUGUACAGCUGUGAAACCAAGACCGUAGGCGGCCGGCUGUCGGGCCACGCCAGAGUUAUUGUUCUUGAGAAGCUGAAAUUCACACCGACCCCCCAGCCUUCCCAGUGCCUGGAGCUGGAUAAGGAGAUCACCAUCCAGUGCUCCGCUAAAGGCCGAGAGAUCCCGACAAUCCGCUGGACCAAAGCAGAUGGAGGAGAACUACCCCCCCACGUGGAGCAGAGGAACGGCCAGCUUCAUUUCACCAAAGUCACCCGCAGCGACGCUGGCAACUACACCUGCAUCGCCUCCAACCGCCUGCAGGGGGAGAUCCGAGCCCUGGUGUCCCUCACUGUGGCCGUGUACAUUCGCUUCAAGGUGGAGCCGGAAAACACGACCGUGUACCAGGGCCACACAGCCGUGCUGCACUGCCAGGCCACCGGCGACCCCGAGCCUCACAUCCACUGGAUGGUUAAAGACAAGGCGCUGGACACCCGAAAGAAGAGGAGGUAA